AUGUUGUUUCUAGUCUCUACUGUCUUGACGUUUCUUGCUCUUAUUCUCAUCCCUUGUCUCUUCAUCUCUAGGCGUCUAAGUGUUCCCCUCUCCUUUACAAACAUCCGCAGAUUCAUGAAAACCGCGACUUCUCAACACGAUGAAGAAGAAGAAAGGAACGAGAAAGGUGGUGCAAUUGGAGAGAAAGAGAAACUAGGGAGAUUGCCAAAUCAUGUGGCGAUUAUAUUAGACGGGAACAGACGUUGGGCGAAGAAACGAGGACUCGAGACAGCACAAGGUCACGAAGCUGGAGGGAGAAGAGUUAUGGAGCUUACAAUGGCUUCUUUCGCUAUGGGGAUAAACACUGUCUCACUCUUUGCUUUUUCCACUGAAAACUGGGGAAGACCCGAGGAUGAAGUUAACUACUUGAUGGCCAUGUUUGAGAAAGUCUCAAAGACGGAGAUACCUUUCGUCCAAAGACAUAAAAUCAAGAUCUCGGUUAUCGGGGACCGUGGGAAAUUCUCUGAGUCGUUUCUAUGCGCAAUACGAGAGGUAGAAGAAGCUACAAAGAGCUACGAAGGGAAGCAUCUCAUUAUGGCGCUAAACUAUAGUGGAAAGUUUGAUAUCUUACAAGCCUGCAAAAGUCUUGCUGAGAAGGCGAAGAACGGGCUGAUCCAAGUGGAGGACAUCGACGAGAAUCUCAUGGAGAAAGAAUUGCUGACAAAGUGUAGUGAGUUCCCAAAUCCUGACCUAUUGAUCAGAACGAGCGGAGAGCAACGGAUCAGUAACUUCUUCCUAUGGCAAUCAGCUUACACUGAGCUCUACUUUCCUAAUGUUCUAUGGCCUGACUUCGACAAGACUGAGUAUCUCCAGGCAUUGACUUGGUAUCAGCAGAGGGAUAGACGAUUUGGUCGCAGAGUUUAA